AGCUAACUGGAACUGAUUUAUAAGAGGGAAAUCUACAGUCAAUGGCCACAGUUGCUACAUCGCUGUUAUGGAAAACAGGAUGGUCAAUAGGAGAUGCUCUGAUAAAUAGUGAUGAUUGAAGAUGCUGCCUCUGCCCCUGUAAAAUCAAUGGGAUCUGUGUCCUGCAAGAAGAGCAUUUUGAACUUUUCUUGACAAGCCCACAUUUGAGGAAUCGGAGGCGUUUUCUACCAUCACACCAUCUUUCUCUAGUGGAUACACAUACAUUUGCCUCACUGGACCAGACAACUAGACAACUGAUGCGGGACCAUGGCACUUCCCAGAUGCACGAGGCCGCAUCAUGUUUGGAGAGCCAUGAUGGCAUGUGUGGUACACAGGGAGUUGAGUGCCCCAUUAACUCUCUGUCUUUUGGGGUGCUUGCUGCAGACUGCCCAUGUGCUGACUCAAAAAUUGGAUGAUGUAGACCCAUUGGUGACUACUAACUUUGGAAAGAUAAGAGGGAUUAAGAAAGAACUCAAUAAUGAGAUCUUGGGGCCUGUCAUCCAGUUUCUUGGUGUUCCAUAUGCUGCCCCACCGACCGGUGAGCAUCGUUUUCAGCCACCGGAACCUCCAUAUUCCUGGUCCGAUAUCUGGAAUUCCACUCAGUUUGCUCCCGUGUGUCUCCAGAAUAUCAUCGAUGGAAGAUUGCCCGAAGUUAUGCUUCCUGUGUGGUUUACUAAUAACUUGGAUGUGGUUUCAUCCUACGUACAAGACCAGAGUGAAGAUUGCCUGUACUUAAACAUCUAUGUCCUGACCGAGGAUGGUCCCCUAACAAAGAAACAGACAGAUGAUUUAGGUGAUAAUGACGGUGCUGAAGAUGAAGAUAUUCGGGACAGUGGGGGUCCCAAGCCAGUGAUGGUGUACAUUCAUGGAGGCUCGUACAUGGAAGGUACUGGAAAUCUGUACGACGGGAGUGUCUUGGCAAGCUAUGGCAAUGUGAUCGUUAUCACGGUCAACUAUCGGCUUGGGGUACUUGGCUUUUUGAGCACAGGGGAUCAGGCUGCCAAAGGAAACUACGGGCUUCUUGACCUCAUCCAGGCCCUAAGGUGGACCAGCGAGAACAUUGGGUUCUUUGGUGGCGACCCCUUACGAAUCACUGUGUUUGGAUCAGGCGCUGGGGGGUCGUGUGUCAAUCUGCUGACUUUAUCCCAUUAUUCUGAAGGACUUUUUCAACGAGCAAUCGCUCAAAGUGGAACAGCCCUUUCCAGCUGGGCUGUGAGUUUCCAGCCUGCAAAAUAUGCUAGGAUGUUGGCCACAAAAGUUGGCUGCAAUGUGUCAGAUACAGUGGACUUAGUAGGUUGCCUGCAGAAGAAACCUUACAAAGAACUUGUUGACCAAGAUAUUCAACCGGCCCGAUACCACAUAGCCUUUGGACCUGUGAUUGAUGGGGAUGUGAUACCUGAUGAUCCUCAGAUACUGAUGGAGCAAGGAGAAUUUCUCAACUAUGACAUAAUGUUAGGCGUUAACCAAGGGGAAGGGUUAAAAUUUGUUGAAAAUAUAGUAGAUAGUGAUGAUGGCAUAUCAGCUAGCGAUUUUGACUUUGCUGUUUCCAAUUUUGUUGAUAAUUUAUACGGAUAUCCUGAAGGCAAAGAUGUCUUGAGAGAAACCAUUAAAUUCAUGUACACUGACUGGGCUGACCGCCAUAACCCUGAAACCAGAAGGAAGACACUGUUGGCUUUGUUUACGGACCAUCAGUGGGUGGCCCCUGCAGUGGCUACAGCAGACCUGCACUCAAACUUUGGUUCGCCCACAUACUUCUAUGCCUUUUACCAUCAUUGCCAAACAGAUCAGGUUCCAGCAUGGGCCGAUGCAGCUCAUGGAGAUGAGGUUCCCUACGUGCUGGGGAUCCCCAUGAUUGGCCCCACAGAGUUAUUUCCUUGCAAUUUCUCCAAGAAUGAUGUGAUGUUGAGUGCAGUUGUAAUGACAUACUGGACGAAUUUUGCUAAAACUGGUGACCCAAACCAACCAGUCCCUCAAGACACGAAAUUCAUCCAUACCAAACCCAACCGCUUUGAGGAAGUAGCAUGGACCAGAUACUCCCAGAAAGACCAACUUUAUCUCCACAUUGGAUUAAAACCAAGAGUUAAAGAGCAUUACAGAGCCAAUAAAGUGAAUCUCUGGCUGGAGCUGGUGCCUCAUCUCCACAAUCUUAAUGACAUUUCUCAGUAUACCUCCACAACAACUAAAGUGCCAUCAACAGACAUCACUCUCAGACCUACGAGGAAAAAUUCCACACCUGUCACUUCAGCCUUUCCCACUGCCAAACAGGAUGACCCCAAACAACAGCCGAGUCCCUUCUCAGUGGAUCAGAGGGACUACUCCACAGAGCUGAGCGUCACCAUCGCAGUGGGAGCGUCCCUGUUGUUUCUGAACAUCUUGGCCUUCGCAGCCCUGUACUACAAGAAGGAUAAGAGGAGACACGAUGUUCACCGGAGAUGCAGCCCUCAACGCACCACCACCAAUGACCUGACUCACGCUCAGGAGGAAGAAAUCAUGUCCCUCCAGAUGAAGCACACUGACUUGGAUCACGAAUGUGAGUCCAUCCAUCCCCAUGAGGUGGUUCUCCGGACCGCCUGCCCCCCAGAUUACACCCUAGCUAUGAGGAGGUCACCUGACGAUGUCCCCUUAAUGACACCUAACACCAUCACAAUGAUUCCCAACACUAUACCAGGAAUCCAGCCCUUACACACAUUCAACACAUUUACUGGAGGACAGAAUAAUACACUGCCCCACCCUCACCCCCACCCCCAUUCACACUCAACAACCAGGGUAUAGCCAGACAAGAGAGACAAUCUUAUUUUUUUUCUGAUGGAUUGCAGUAAAAGAUUACUGAAGAUUCCUUGGCUUUCAACCUGCAAGACUGUCACUAUUUAAAUAAGGAGGAAUAUUAUGUGAAUAUACAUAUCAAGCACUUUGGGGGUUUUGAAAAAAGAAUUGUAUAUACACACACAAAUCAACUUUAAAAAAAAAAACUAUCUCAAUUGCUUGAAGCAAUUGUUCUGAAUGAUACUUUUUCAUUCAUAUUCAAGAAUUAAUUUUUUGAAGAUUUAAGUUACAUACUGGAGUUAGGCAUGUGGAACACCAAACAGGAAAGUACUUUGUCUGAAAUAUUAAAAAUAAAAUAAAAACAACUAUGAAUAUGCACAAGGGACACACCAAUGGAAUGUCAGAUAAUUUUCAUCUGUUUUUAUUUGGAGCUGUUUUAUUGUGUAGACCAUAUUUACAUAAGUACACAAAGCAUCAUGCUGUUAAUGGCAUAGCAGAGGCUCAUGCGAAAAUUGCCAGUAAAACGAAGAAGCUUAAAGACUGGCAGGUACAUAUUAUCACAUAAGUGCUGUCAGUAUAAAGUUGUGGGGAUCAAGGAAACUGGAUAUUUUUAGCACGAUGUGCAUGAUAAUUUAUAUGCUUGGUGGCUGUGCUGCUAAUUAAGCCGUAAUUAAAAUUCUUCUCAUCCCAUUGGAGUUUUUAAUGGAAGCUUCCUUCAUCAAUUGGCAGAACCUAAAGAAGAUUUUAUAAGGGGCAAACUAAUUUCAAUAAAAUAAUUCACAGUAGUUUCAAUCAUAGAAGGAGUUAGUUGUUAAAGGUCUUUGGAGAGACCAUAGGUACAGUGGUGAAAACUUGCUGGUUUGAAUCCCAGAAAAAUAUUAUUCUUGCACUUUUCGAUGUUCUUUUCAUUCCCAUCUAAGAAUAGAAAUACAAUUCUAAUUGGACAUGUGUCAGCUGCAGGUCUAUAAUUUGCUGUGGAUUUUGUUACUCCUUAUUUUGUUCCCUUUGGUAAGGUGAAAUGUGUCUAAAGAAUUACUUGCCAUAGUCCUUUAUGGUGUGAGGAUGCCCCGAUGUUACCACUCUGAUUAUGGUUCUCAUUUAAUUGAUUUACUCAUGUUGCAUGACCAAAUGUUUACUACUACUAAUUCAAUAUAAAGUUCUGUCCCUUUCACGUCCCUUACCUCUCUUACUGAGGUUCACUUGAAUUUUCUCAUGUGAUCUCGGUGGGAGAAAACACAGAUGCAGAUCUAGGAGAGUCAACACCUGAAGGUUUCCAGUCUUUCACAUAAGUGUGGUUCAAAAUGAAUUAUACACAAUCACAGGAAACUCUCCCUGUUGUUUACCAGUAAUAUCAGUAUAUCACAGACCUUCCCAAAUGUUUGUGUAUGUAAUCAGAUGUACAUUUAUAUUAAAAACAAGAUGGGCUUAAGAGCACAAGCCGAUAAAGAAUUUCUCUCUUACCUGUACUAUAUUUCUAUUAGACUAAAGUUAUGUGAUUUUUUUUACCUUUUUUCAGAUGACUAGCAAUUUUGAUAGUUUGUAAGAUAAUGCAAAGAACUUUCUCUGACAAACUAACAGUAACAGAAACCUUCCUUUCCAGUUCCUCUUUUUCAAGAAUUGAAAGCUUAUUAUACAAAAGAAAAACCUUGUAUACGACUUGAUGGGAACGACUUUGUACACCUUGACCACGUCAGUGGUCACUGCGUGAAAUAAAGAUAAUCUGGAUGACAAUUAGUCAAAUGCUAAGAAACAUGAUCUUUGCUCAUUAAAGAGCUAAAAUGUUUAUUGCUGUUUUGUCUUUUUUUAAGAAAACAAAAACAAAAAAACAAAGAAAACAGGACUGUCUCAGAGUCGUGCAAUUGUAUAUUGAAAGGCACGUCUUCUAUAAGGGGGAGCUCUUGAAACUAGUGUUACAAACUUAGAUGUUCCAAGAACUCAUGGAAGAUAUUAGCCUUGUAUUUUUAAAAACCCCUUACAUGAUGGCGUCAUACAAAUAUGGUACCUAUUAUUUUCACUUAAAAACACAGGUUCUAAUUCUGAUCACUAAGGGAGAAGUCUAUUGAAAAUAAAGGUGUAAUAGUUCAUGAAGAUCUAUUCUCAUAAUAUA